GGGCACGCAAAGCUUAUGGCCGACGACGAUCUCAGCAAGCUGAUUGCCAAGGAUAUCCUUCCACAGACGGACAACUGGGAGGGAACUGAGAAAUUCUUGCGCUCAAUAGUUGAAGUUUUGUUGAAGUAUAUACGAGAAGAAAAUGAUCGCGACAGUAAAAUACUCGAAUUCCAUCAUCCAGCCGAAAUGCUACAGCUCAUUGAUCUUUCGAUUCCAGACCAGCCAGAAGAUCUGCAACAUCUUGUGAAGGAAUGCGAGAAGGUGCUUCGGCUUGGUGUGCGUACAGGACAUCCAAGAUUUUUCAAUCAGAUCUCGUGUGGCCUCGAUCUAGUAUCUAUGGCUGGAGAAUGGCUAACGGCCACUGCAAAUACUAAUAUGUUCACUUAUGAGAUAGCACCAGUUUACAUUCUCAUGGAAAAAGCAGUGAUGAAACGCAUGUGGGAGGCGAUUGGUUGGGAUCCAGAGACAAGCGAUGGAAUCUUCGCUCCUGGCGGUGCUUUAGCUAAUCUUUACGCCAUGAUAACUGCUAGGCAUGCGAUGUAUCCUCGUAGCAAAUAUGUCGGUCUCAAGGACGUUCCACAACUUUGCGCUUUCACUAGCGAAAGUAGCCACUACUCAAUAAAAAGCGCUGCUGCGGUCUGUGGUAUUGGUACUGAUCUGUGUUUUGCUAUCUCUAACGACAACGCAGGUAAAAUGAUCCCGGAAGAGCUAGAACACAAGAUUAUCGAAUGCAAAAAAGAGGGUCUCGUUCCCUUUUUCGUGUGCUGUACGGCCGGGACGACCGUGUAUGGAGCUAUGGAUCCUAUCGACAAAGUUGCUGACAUCUGCGAGCGACACAAAAUUUGGCUGCAUGUUGACUCUGCUUGGGGAGGAGGUUUACUGCUAUCACCAGAGCAUCGCUAUAAGUUAUCUGGAAUUGAGCGAGCCAACAGUGUCACUUGGAAUCCCCACAAAUUGAUGGGAGCUCUACUGCAGUGCUCUGCUUGCCUUUUUAAGCAGGAUGGUCUGCUCUUCCAAUGUAAUCAGAUGUCGGCUGACUAUCUCUUCAUGCAGGACAAGCCUUACGAUUGCAGCUAUGACACAGGAGAUAAGGCCAUCCAAUGUGGCAGGCAUAACGACGUAUUCAAAUUGUGGCUGAUGUGGAAAAGCAAGGGAACGGAGGGCUUCAGACAACAAAUCAAUCGACUAAUGGAUCUCGCUGCUUACUUUACCCAAAGAGUUCGUGAAACAGAAGGCUAUGAGCUCGUCUUGGAUCCUCCUGAAUUCCUGAAUAUUUGCUUCUGGUACAUUCCGAGCAAAUUGCGAAAACUGGAACCGGCCGAGAGGCAGGCUCGACUGGAGAAGAUUGCUCCAAAAAUCAAGGCAAGAAUGAUGGAACGAGGCACAACGAUGGUUGGCUAUCAACCAGAUAAACAACGCCCAAAUUUCUUCCGUAUGAUUAUAUCGAAUCAAGCAAUCACCCGCGAAGAUCUCGAUUUUCUAAUCCAAGAAAUUGUAGACAUUGGAGAAUCCUUGUAAAACACUUAGGUCUUGAAAAUUGGCAGUAUCUAAUUGUUUAGUGGUCUUCAAAAGUGUAGUAGUUGCCGUUUAGUCGUGUAAUUGUGCUGAUUGUGAUCAUGCUGUUGUGAGAAUUUAUGAAAUGCGAAAAGUAAACAGAUAUGAUAUUGAGG